CACCUGUCAGCCGCGCGGGCUCCUGCGCUCGGCUCUGGCCCUCGGAGUCCACCGCGUUCGCCGGUCACAGGGCGGGGACUGCGGCAGCGCCACCAUGAUACAUUUCAUAUUGCUCUUCAGUCGACAAGGGAAGCUGCGGCUGCAGAAAUGGUAUACCACUCUCUCCGACAAGGAACGGAAAAAGAUCACCCGGGAAAUUGUUCAGAUCAUUCUCUCCCGUGGUCACAGGACAAGCAGUUUUGUUGACUGGAAGGAGCUGAAACUUGUGUAUAAAAGGUAUGCUAGUUUAUAUUUUUGCUGUGCAGUAGAAAAUCAGGACAAUGAGCUCUUGACGCUAGAGGUUGUGCAUCGUUAUGUGGAGUUGCUCGACAAAUAUUUUGGAAAUGUCUGUGAGCUGGAUAUCAUCUUUAAUUUUGAGAAGGCGUAUUUCAUCCUUGAUGAGUUUAUCAUAGGUGGAGAAGUGCAGGAGACAUCCAAGAAAGUUGUUGUCAAAGCCAUUGAAGACUCUGACAUGUUACAGGAGACCAUGGAAGAAUACAUGAACAAGCCAACAUUUUAACUGCAUGGUUACUGGAAGGUUUGGAGUGCUACAUCUUGUGAACUUCCUGAAGAAACACCUUUUAUCCAGUCUUUUCACAGAGCCCAUGGCAGCAUGCCAAAUGCAUAACUUGAAGGGAUUCUUAUUAACCAGCAAAAUCUUGAAGUUGUCAUUCAUAAUAUACUUACAAUACUGUAAGUCUGUAUUAUAUUAUAUGUGAGUACUUUGGUUCUGGAUGUUUAACUGUCAUGUAACCUAAUGGACUGCACCAUUUUAACUCCAUGUGCUGUUUGUCAGAUAAUUUUGGGAAAUGAUUGCAAUCUGUUCUGGUGCCUCUCAUCCUCAUCUGACAGGUUGCAAAGCAUGUGGUUAUAAUCCAUGACUUUGAAUGUGAAAUUCAUCUUAUAUCACUAAUGUUUCCAAAUGUUUAGUUUUUAAAAUUGUAUACUCAUUCAAAUCUAUGUUAAUAGGUUGGAGCUCACACAUAAUGUUAGAGAAUUUUAUAACUGUUAAUGAUACUCUGAUUCCAGUCCAGAUACAAUGUAUCUGUGUAUAAUAUCCUGGAAUUCACUUUUUUUUUUUUUUUUUUUACAAUUGAAACUAAGGAAAAAACCAAAAUAGUAUAGAACUUAAUGUUUCUGAGCAGUUAGGGGCUACAAUCUAGCAGAGAUUUUAUUUUAGCUUUUUACUGAAUAUUAAGGAUAUUUUAAUAUGGUUACAUUUUCUACAAGCUAUAUAUUUAUUAAGGCUUUAAGACAUACAGUGUCUAUGACAUCCCUUAUUAUAUAAAAUAGUAUGAUAAGGAUGAAUGACAUAACAAUAAUUAUUAUUGCUACCACUAUUUUUAAAGAUCCCCAGGCAAUUUUAGUUGCUUGAGGGAUUUUAUUGCAAAUAUGUUGUCAUAUAUGUUCAAUGUAUCUGAAGAUGAUUUUUUUAAAGCAUUGACUAUUCCUGCAAUUGUGUGGUUGCUGCCUUGCCCUUUUGAUAACUGCCUUCCUGCUCCCUGUCUUAAAGAAAAUAUUUGCUGCUGACCAUUACUGCUGUGAAUAUGUCACAUUUGUGCUUCCCGGAAUGACAAUUCUGUGUAAGUGGAUACUGAAUGUGAUCAGACAUAUCAUGGAGAAAUUGCUUGUGCUGCUCCAUGUGCCUCUUUUCAAUGUAAAUGUUAAGGUCAAGUAUCAUUUAUCUUGGAGUGGGAAGGGACCCUCUGACAUCCUCUGGCACUUUAUAAAAAGGAGAGUGUGCUAGCUCUUGAAUACUGUAGCAGAUCCCAUGUGUAUACCUAUGAAAAAGUGAUGGUAAAAGGUUCAUUUCAGCAGACAUAGGUGGGGGAAAAUGACCGAACGACAACAGAGCAGAGGAGAAGAUCAGCCAAUUUCUCAAAGUUAUCAUUUUUCAAAGAAAGUAAUUCUAAUCAGUAGAUGGAGUAACCAGUGGAUUUUUGACAUGUAUAUUUUCCAGAAAUUAAUGAUAUAAUUUACAAUCAUGGAAGAAGGCUGAAGUUUAAUUUUGAUUGACUUGGUUUUGUGAUUACCUUUUUUGUAUUUAAAAAAGU